AUGAACGGCCACUUUGCUGGUGUCGGCGAGGAGCCGGAUGCUCAGAACUACGAGCACGGCAUCCAGGUCAUUGACGAUCAGAAGGACUUCAAUGGCAAUGUCGCAACAUAUUUGCAAAAAGUGCGCGUCGCCGAGGCGGGGUUCAACUAUCACCUCAUCUCCGUUUUCGGCUCCCAAUCCACCGGCAAGUCGACGCUGCUGAACAACCUCUUUGGGACCGACUUCUCCGUCAUGUCCGAGACGAUGCGCCAGCAGACCACCAAGGGAAUAUGGAUGUCCAAGAACAAGAAGGAAGCCGGCAUGGCCGAGAACAUCCUCGUCAUGGAUGUCGAGGGUACCGACGGUCGCGAGCGCGGCGAGGACCAGGACUUUGAGAGGAAGAGCGCUCUUUUCGCCCUGGCGACGAGUGAGGUCCUGAUUGUCAACCUCUGGGAGACGCAGGUCGGCCUGUAUAACGGCGCCAACAUGGGCCUGCUCAAGACCGUCUUCGAGGUCAACCUGCAGCUCUUCCUCAAGGACAAGCAGUCGAGCCUGAGAUCCCUGCUCUUCUUCGUCAUCCGAGAUCACCUUGGCACGACGCCCCUUGCGAACCUGCGUAACACCCUCGUUCAGGACCUGACCAAGAUCUGGUCCUCCAUCUCCAAGCCCCAGGGCCUCGAAAACUCGCGCAUCGAGGACUACUUCGACUUCGCGUUCGCCGCACUCCCCCACAAGAUCCUCCAGGCCGAUAAGUUCACCACCGAGAUCCAGAACCUGGGAAGGAGGUUCACUGCGGGACACCGCACUGGUGGGGCUAGUUCUCAGGAAUUCGAGGGCGGUGUGUUCCUGCCCGAGUACCAUCGACGCAUUCCCGCCGACGGUUUCUCAAUCUACGCCGAGGGCAUCUGGGAUCAGAUUGUCAACAACAAGGACCUUGAUCUGCCGACACAACAGGAGUUGCUCGCCCAGUUCCGUUGCGAUGAGAUCUCGCGGGAGGUCCUGGUUGGAUUCGACAACGCCAUCGUGCCCCUCGAAGAGAAGCAGUCCGAGGCGGCUCGGUCCGGCAAGCCUACCGUCCUGGCCGAGCUCGGCACGACGGGUCGUGACUCUCGCGAGAGGUGCCUGAAGGCGUUCGAGGUGCAGGCCAGCAGAUACCACAAGGGCGUCUACACCCGCAAGCGCCAAGACCUAGAGGCCAAGAUUGACGGCCGUCUCAAGACGCUCUACAACGCACAGCUGUCCGCAGCCCACAAGUCCGGCAUCGCCUCGUUCAGCGAAGCUGUCUCUGGCGCCGUCAAGGCUGGUCAAAAGUCUGGUGCCGCUUACGAGUUCGCCGAGAUCGUGACCAAGGAGAAGAAGAAGACGCUCGAGUCUUUCAAGAGCGAGGCCGAGAGCCUCGCCAUUCCUGGCGUCGCCUGGUCCAACUUCAAGUCGCAGUAUGGGCUGUUUGAGAAAGAGCUGGACGACGUGAGCGGUAAGCUGCGCAAGGAGGAGAUGCGCCGGUUGGCCACGAGGGUGGAGCGAUGGGUCAAAUCCCGUUUGGGCGACGCGAUUGGUCUCGAGUUCAACAAGCUCGGCUCCGGUAGAGCUGGCUCCGGCGCCCCCGAAACGGGCGAGAAGCCCGCGGAGAAGGAUCUCUGGGACCGCAUCUGGAACGUCUUUGUCGAUAUCGUCAAGGACGCGCAAAGCAGGUUCACCGAACGAGCCAAGAGCUUCGAGGCCACCCAGGAUGAGGUCGAGGUCGGUCUCUGGCGACUCAGGCGCAAGAGCUGGGUGGCUCUGCGCGAGAAGAUUGAGGAGGAGGUCAUGGAGGGCAACAUUCUGUUGAAGCUGAGGGAAAACUUUGAGGACAAGUUCAGAUAUGACGAGGCCGGCGUGCCCAGGAUAUGGAGACCCACCGACGACAUUGAGGGCAUCUACACCAAGGCGCGGGAGUCCACGCUGACGCUCAUCCCUCUGCUGUCAAAGUUCAAGCUCGCGGAGAGCUACGGCCCUCCCGACCUGCCUGAGUGGAUCGGCAACCAACCACGUGGUGUUGAGCCGAGCGACGAGGAGGAUUUGACACCCAUUGGCGGUGUCGACGAGGAGGACGGCAAGAGCCUCGAGGAGGAGAUGACUGUUCUCAGCGAGAGCAAGCGCCAAGACCUCGUCAUCCGGUUCAAGAAGACGGCCGACGGUGUCUACGUCGAGGCCAAGCGCAGCGCCAUUGGUGGCGUUGCCCAGGUGCCUCUGUACUUUUAUGCCCUGCUGGUGGCUCUGGGAUGGAACGAGAUCGUUGCCGUGCUGCGCAACCCGUUCCUCUUCAUCUUCCUCAUCCUGCUCGCCGGAGGAACCUACGUCGCCUACACGCUCAACAUGCUCGGACCCAUGUACCAGAUGGCCAACGCGGCCGCCAACCAGGGCGUCGAGAUCGGUAAGCAGAAGCUGCGCGAGUUCAUCGAGAACUCGGACACGGCGCGGCAGGCGCUGGCCAUGCCCGGCCGCGAAAGCGACUCCAUCAGCAUGGACACGCUCGACAGCCGGGGCAAGAAGAAGAGCGCUGAGGACGAUAUUGAUGACAUCUAG